AUGGGCAUCUUCAGCAAGAAAGAGGCCGAACUUGCCGUCGGCUCAGAACUCUCCCGAGUUCUGCCCCAAAACCCAAAGCCGUGGUACAGAACCUGGCAUAUCUUGAAGCUCAACCUAUGCCUCUUGGUCCCCUUGUUCUCUUCCGCGUCCGUUGGUUACGAUGGCUCGAUGAUGAAUGGACUUCAGACCCUCCCCCAAUGGCGUCAAUACUUUGACAACCCAGAGGGGGCCCUCCUCGGCCUCAUGAACUCUGUCUAUCCUCUCGGAAAGGUCGUCUCCUUGUUUGUCGUGUCUUAUGUGUGCGAUCGCUGGGGACGAAAGCUGCCCAUGCUCAUCGGUUUUAUCACUUGCAUUGCCUUUGCCAUCCUCCAAGGUCUUUCCAAGGAUAUCCACAGCUUCAUCAUUGCCAGAGCGUUCCUGGGUUUCUUUACGAGUUUCAUCAGCCAGCCCAGUCCCAUUAUUAUUACUGAGCUAGCCUAUCCAACCCAGCGAGGAAAGUUGACUGCUCUGUAUAACACCUUCUUUUACUUUGGCUCCAUCUUUGCUGCUUGGUGCACAUACGGCACAUUCAAGAUCCAGUCGACUUGGAGCUGGAGAAUUCCAUCUCUCCUACAGGGAGCCUUGCCGGCCUUUCAGCUUCUGGCCUGGUACUUUCUCCCAGAGUCGCCAAGAUGGCUUGUUUCUCAGGGACGCAAGGAAGAAGCCCGCAAGGUCCUCGCAGAGUAUCACGCUGGCGGUGAUGCUGAUUCCCCUCUUGUCAACUUUGAAAUGGACGAGAUCGAAAGGGUCAUCACCCAAGAAUCCGAAGCUCUCUCUGCAACCUCCUGGGUCGAGCUUGUCCGCACACCCGCCAACCGCAGACGCACUCUCAUCGCUGUCAUCGUCGGUUGGUUUGCUCAGUGGAACGGCGUGGGAGUCGUCAGCUACUAUCUUGUUCUCGUCCUCAACACAAUUGGCAUCACAAAGGUCAAGGACCAGACUCUCAUCAACGGUCUUCUUCAGAUCUUCAACUGGCUUGCGUCUACCUUCCUGGGAGCACUCAUGGUCGAUCGUCUUGGUCGUCGUACUCUUUUCCUUGUCUCCACGGCUGGCAUGUUUGCUGCCUAUGUCGUUUGGACCGGUCUUACUUCGCAUUUCGUCAACACGCACAACGAGGCAACAGGACGGGCAGUCGUUGCCUUCAUCUUCAUUUACUACCUGUUCUACGAUAUUGCCUGGACGCCACUUCUCCAGGCCUAUCCCGUCGAGAUCUAUCCGUACACCCUCCGUGCCCGUGGUCUCUCAAUCACCUACAUCUCGUCCUUCACCGGUCUCAUCGUUGGCAACCAGGUUAACCCGAUUGCUAUGAAGGCCAUCGCUUGGAAGUACUACAUUGUUUUCUGCUGUAUCUUGGCGAUUUUGUUUGUCGUGAUUUGGUUCCUCUUCCCCGAGACAAAGGGCCACACUCUCGAGGAAAUCAGGGAAGUCUUUGAAGGCAAACAGAGCGAUCACGAUCGUUUGGCCAAGGUUGAGUCCGGCGUGGAUGAAGAAGAGUCUCGGGAGAAGGAUGGAAGGGCCAAGCAGCUUGAGGUUGUUUCUUAA